AGUCGUCUUAGCCAUCUGAAAAAAACCUGACUCCUCUCAUUUCUUUCUCUCUCACAAAACAUGCUCACACACGCACGCAUAAAUCUCUAAAACCCAACCUUGCAUUAACUGCCUUCUCUCAAUCUCUUGUUUUUAUGAAUCAAAGUCAUCUUUAUUAUAUAUUUUUAUUUGUUUGUUUCCUAGUUGAGGGAAGGAAGUCUUGCAGCUUUUCUAGUAGGGCCCUUCAACUCUCUUGCUGUCUCGCAUUUAUGAUCCCAAAAGCCAAAUCUAUCUCUCCCUCCGCUCAAUUCUUUUCCCUUUCUUUUCUUCUUUAGUUUCAGUGCUUCUUUUCCUUCUUCUUUCUCUCUAUAUAUUUCUACAGCCCCUUUUCUUCCCGCAUGCAAUACUAAAUCUUCAUACUCUCUUCUUCUUUCUCUAGAAUAGCAAGACCAUGUUGGCUGUGGAGGAAGUUCUAAGUGAACUCAAUGGUGAAGAAGUUAACGAGCAGGGUUUGCCUCCAGGGUUCAGAUUUCACCCCACUGAUGAAGAACUCAUCACCUUUUAUCUGGCUUCCAAAGUGUUUAACUGGACCUUGUGUGGCAUAGAAAUUGCUGAGCUUGACCUUAACAGAUGUGAGCCUUGGGAGCUACCAGAUGUUGCCAAGAUGGGUGAGAAAGAAUGGUACUUCUUUAGCCUGAGGGACAGGAAGUACCCGACUGGAUUAAGAACAAACAGAGCAACGGGGGCUGGAUACUGGAAGGCCACAGGGAAAGACAGGGAAGUUUGCAGCAGUGCCACAAAUGGAGGUCUCAUCGGCAUGAAAAAAACCCUCGUUUUCUACAGAGGCAGAGCCCCCCGUGGAGAGAAAACCAAGUGGGUCAUGCACGAGUACCGCUUGGAUGGUGACUUUUCCUAUCGCCACACGUGUAAGGAGGAAUGGGUGAUAUGCAGAAUAUUUCACAAGGCCGGGGAGAAGAAGAAUGGCAUUCUGCAAGGACAAAGCUAUGUCUUUGAAGCUUGUUCAUCUCCUACAGGUUCCUUGCCUCAAUUGCUUGAAACUCAAACAGCCUUACUGGAAUGUCAAGAAUCUGAAAACCCAGAUUUCCAAAAUGCUUUUGUGUAUCAGCACCACCAGCAAGAAAGUGACCUGAAAAGCUUGAUAAUAAACCCAGUUGUGUCUCAAUCACAUUCUCAUUCAGAUGACCUCUUCCCAAUGAAUGGAUUCCAAACCUCUUUUUCACACAAUAACCCUUCUACCACAAUCGCCCAAUCACCUUCUUCCAUGCUCUUCAAGUCCCUCCUCCUCUCACAUCAAGAUCUCACAUUGAAGGAACAAAAUGCUAUUCCUAGACAGUGCAAGACAGAGGCCAGCUUUUCCCAUUUCCAACUACCUGAUGCCAACAACAGCUUUAGCUGGAUGGAAAAAAUUCAGCCAAACACAUAUCAAAAUCCCUUGUUUUUUGAGAUGGGUUGUAAUCUUUCGGGGCUUACAACAACACAAUCUGGAAAUACUGCGGGGAGCAGUGCCAAUGAGAUGUCUACUUCAGUUGCUUUCAACAGGAGUAGCUUUCGAGGGAUGCUUGAUUCUUCCAUCAGACUCCCUGGAGAAUCUUGGGCAUUGGAUGCCUAAACAACUCCUCAUUUAAUGAGAUCAUAUAUAUCUAUAAAUAGUUUGCGUAUAUUCCCACUAUAUAUAUAUAUAAUCUAGAGUAAUCUCUCCAUCCCUGCAAAUGCAAGUAUCCAUCCAUCUUUCAUGUACUAGUAUUGGACAACUUCUUUCUGUAUGUUUUUAUUAUUGUAAAAAUAUUGUUUGUUUCUUA